AUGAACCAAAUGAUCUCGGUGAAGACAGAGUUAGAGAGCUUGGCAGCCACACUCAGCCUACUCAAAUCCCCCAUUUUACCCCCAAACACACACCAUCUCCAAUCUAAAUUGCCACUCCUUUCGAUCCCCACUAAGCAAAUCAUCCGCAACGAGUCGGUUAACCCUCCAAAACUCUUCACCGAAACCUUUCGUCACCUGAAAUCAGCUUCUCUUCCCCUUACAACCGUCGCAUUGCCCUUCUUCUUUGACACACAGGAUGCUCUUGCUGUUAAUGGAGAGUUUGGGAUUCUUGAGGGAAGAAGUGUAGCACUUAUACACCCAAUUGUCAUGGGUGGUCUGUUCUUUUACUCUUUGUGGGCUGGCUACUUGGGUUGGCAAUGGAGGCGAGUCAGGACCAUCCAGAAUGAGAUUAAUGAGCUCAAAAAACAAGUUACGCCCGCUGCUGUUACCCCAGAAGGGAAACCAGUGGAAGCACCCCCGUCUUCCGUCGAACUCGAAAUUCAGAAGCUCACUGAGGAGAGGAAGGAGCUGGUGAAAGGGUCAUACAGGGAUAGACACUUCAAUGCUGGAUCAAUACUGCUAGGGUUUGGGGUUUUUGAGUCUGUUGGUGGAGGUCUCAACACAUGGUUUAGGUCAGGAAAGCUUUACCCAGGUCCCCAUCUGUUUGCAGGAGCAGCUAUUACGGUGUUAUGGGCUGCAGCUGCAGCGCUAGUACCGGCAAUGCAAAAAGGGAAUGAGACUGCAAGGAGCGUUCACAUUGCCUUGAAUGCAGUUAAUGUUAUUCUUUUUAUCUGGCAAAUCCCCACAGGUAUAGAAAUCGUUCUCAAAGUUUUCGAGUUCACUAAAUGGCCUUGAUCUUGCCUGGUACUGUGUUUACUAUCUCUGCUUAGGAGCUUGUAUCAUCGAAAACUUACCCAUCAAACAUAUAAUGAAUACGUCAGAGCGGUUAUGAUUCUUGUGCUUCAAUCUUUAAUAUGAAACCAAUUAAUUGUGCUUCA